AUGACCGAGAACUCUUCAAUCCCACAAUCUUUCGAGAUCAUUUCCUCCCUUCGCUUUGACCCGGGCCUUUCAGAUGCAGCUUGUCGCCAUGCAUCGAGCUAUCCUGAUCCUCUCAAAUCCCCCUACUACCUCCUUGCCUAUCACCAAGAUCGGCUCAUAGCUGCUGCGGCUCAUUUCGAAUGGAACGGGGCUCUGAACUGGCUGCAACAACAAGACUUGCAAGGCUUCGAGGAGUUCCUCGACACGUCGAUUCCGGACCGAAGCAAAGCGUGGAGGCUUCGGAUUGUAGUGAACAGCAAAGGGAAAGCGAGAGUUGAGGCGAACCCAACAGCGAGCAUUGACCUAAUGAGUCUGUUCAUUCCCUCUCUACAUACGAACCUAAGCCUGCCGAUAUGGCGCGUUUAUGUCGAUACCCAAUCAACAACUCCUUCCGGCUUCACCACACAUAAAACCACCGCGCGUGAUGACUACACGUCUGCACGGCUAAGAGCGGAAAUAAAUUCGCUGACAGACCUUUCGGAGGUACUGAUUGUGAACCCGGAUGGCGAGAUUAUGGAAGGCAGCAUCACUACGCCGUACUUCUUGCGGGACCAUAUGUGGAUUACUCCCCCGCUGAGCAGCGGCGGCAAUGCAGGUACAACACGGAGGUAUGCGCUAUCUCAGGGUUUCUGUCUAGAACACACCAUAUUCCGGGAUGAGCUUGUGGAUGGCGAGUUGUGUUGGUUGAGCAACGGUGUAAGGGGGUUUAUUCGCGGUCAGGUCAUAGCCAAGUAA